AUGACAUCUUCAAACCCACCCGACAGCGGGUUUGAAAUUCCACCGAGCUCAAAUACACCAGAGGAAGAUCGUUCUCAGUCAUCGCCAGGGACUAGCGCCAAGGGCUCCGAUUAUUCUUUCCCAUUCCGACCCUCCCUUUUGAAGAGCCUGUCUCAUUCCAGGUCAUAUCCUCGAGCCCACUCAGCCCUACCAUCUGUUGCUUCGCCAGAUGAUACUGGAUCUUUGUCCGAAAGCACAAAACCUUACCUCAACUCUGUGAGGUCUGAUACCAUCGACUCGGCAUUCAGCGGUAGCCAGGGAUCCGGAGACCCAGUCGCCUCUGCGGAGCCUGACAAGUAUGUCACCUUCCGACAUGAACACUUGGUGACCGAAAAAGGGCACAGUGUGAUGAUCGGCAAAGACAAAAAGUCUCUUCAGCGCUGUGAGGAUGAGCCGAUUCGUACGCCCGGCGCAGUGCAAAGCUUUGGGGUAAUGAUAGCUUUAAGAGAGGAGUCGCCCAAUCAGUUUGUGGUGCGUGUGGUUAGUGAGAAUUCAGAGCAAGUAUUAGGCUAUUCUCCCGAUGAAUUAUUCGACCUGGACAGCUUCUCGGAGAUUUUAGAGGAAACAGAAGCUUCUAAGCUCGAAGAGCAUUUGGAAUAUGUUCGGGACGAUGCAUAUGACAUAGAUGUCGAUGGACCGGAGGUUUUCCUACUUUCCAUAUCUUCUCCAGACGGUGACUUCAACCGGUUUUGGUGUGCUGCCCACGUCAGCCAGGAGAACAAAGACAUCAUUGUUUGCGAGUUUGAACUAGAGGAUGAUGAAAUCAACCCAUUGAAUGUUGAGGACGAAAAGAACCCUCCAGUCUCUUCGAGCCAAACGCCGAUUUCGACAGAUACUUUAGGGAUCACUCCCUCGCCCACACAGCUUGCCGAGAGCACGAGGAGCUCUAGUAGGUCAGUCAGGUCGAUACGCAAUGCACGACAACGGAAGGGUGAAGCGGCGGCCAUGCAAAUCUUCAACACGUUGACACCGAUCCAAGAGCAACUUGGUCAGGCCAAUGAUCAGGAAACAUUGCUUGCAGUGACGGCUGGCUUGGUCAAGGAGCUAGUUGGUUUCCAUCGAGUUCUCAUCUACCAGUUUGACAGUAGCUGGAACGGCAAAGUGGUGUCGGAACUAGUUGACCCCGAUGUCACAAUUGACCUCUACAAAGGUCUUCACUUCCCGGCCUCAGAUAUUCCCUCACAAGCACGGGAGCUAUACAAGGUCAACAAGGUUCGAUUACUUUACGAUCGAGACCACACAACAGCCCGUUUAGUCUGUCGAACCCUGGAUGAUCUUGAAUCUCCCGUUGAUAUGACCCACGCUUAUUUACGAGCUAUGUCACCCAUUCACACUCAAUAUUUGGCCAACAUGAAAGUGCGAUCCUCGAUGUCAAUCAGUAUCAACGCGUUUGGAAAUCUAUGGGGCCUUAUCUCUUGUCACUCAUACGGAGAGCGGGGAAUGCGGGUAUCUUUUCCAUUGCGAAAGCUGUGCCGUCUUGUUGGUGACACUGUGGCAAGGGGUAUCGAAAGAAUCUCAUAUGCGACCAGUCUACAAACCCGAAAGUUGAUGGAAGCGAUUCCUCAGCACACCAACCCUGCAAGCUACAUCGCCGCCUCGUCCGAUGAGUUGCUGCAAAGCGAGGCACGAGCUCUAGUAGACUAUCUCCGCCGGCGCCAAGUGACCGCGGUGAUUGCCUCCCACGAUGUUGCCAAAGAUUUCCCCGAUUUUCCUCAGGUCCGUAAACUCAAGAAUAUAUCAGGACUACUAUGUGUGCCGCUUUCUACCAGCACUGAUCAGUUCCUGGUCUUUUUUCGGCGGGGCCAACUCACCACCAUCACCUGGGCUGGCAAUCCACAUGAAAAUGCGAAGGCGAAGCAGCAAGGGGGCAAAAAGGCCUUGACGCCCCGCGAAAGUUUCAAGGAAUGGGUCGAGACCGUUCUUACGCAGUCACGUGCCUGGAGCGAUGCCGAUAUCGUGACCGCAACCAAUUUCGGUCUCAUCUAUGGCAAGUUCAUCCAAGUUUGGAACCAAAAGGAUUCCGUUGGAAAGGACUCUCGUUUGACGCGUCUCCUCCUGGCCAACUCAGCACACGAGGCCCGGACACCGCUCAAUGCCGUCAUCAAUUAUCUGGAGAUUGCCCUAGAGGGGACCCUCGAUGAUGCAACUCGAGAAAUUCUGAUCAAGUCGCACUCCGCCUCCAAAUCACUUAUUUACGUGAUUAAUGAUCUCCUUGAUCUCACCAACCUUAGCCAUGAGGCCAGCAAACGACUUAUUAAGGACGAACCGUUUGAUCUGAAAUCAACAUUCCGGCAAGCUACUGAUAUGCUGGCCGGAGAAGCCGAACGAAAGGGCCUUUCCUACUCUUCAACUGUGCAUCCGGACCUACCAAUAUCUGUCAUUGGGGACCAACGUCGUGUCCGACAGGUUUUCCUCAACCUCGUUUCCAACGCUAUUCAGAAUACAUCCUCGGGCUCCGUUCGUGCCCAGAUCUCACCCUCCAUCUCAGACACUGCCAUUGAAGGCUAUGUGACGGUGGAAAUGGCUGUCUCUGACACCGGUUCGGGCAUUUCCGAGGAGCGACUUGAUAUCAUGUUUGGGGAACUCGAGCAAUUAUCCGAUGAUAUAAACUCGAUCGAAAAUCGAGAGGAUUUGAAAGCGAAGCGCACGGUUGAGCCGGAGAAGGGCGUUCUCGGCCUUGGGCUAGCUCUAGCUGCCCGAAUGGCGCAUAACAUGCAUGGCCGAUUGUCUGUGAAAUCCGAGGAGGGCAAAGGCAGCGUGUUCCGGAUUCUACUCCAAUUUCGCCGGUCAGAAGAUGUUGUCCCGACCGUGCAGGUGUCGUCUCACGAAGAUACCAACAUGUCGGAGAUUCGAAAGAAGUUCCGGAAAACAGAAGAGACCGAUGCAGGCAAAAUUAUCGCGGGAGACAGUAUUCCUGAUAUGUCUGAUACAAUGGAUGCUUCAGGUAAUCCAGGUGAUGGAGACGAAUCCGACCAGUCCAAACAUCCCAAAUCUGAGUCGCCGCCUGCUCAUGACCCGGUAUCCGGCAGUGCAGACGGACGAUCACAAACACAAUCUGAGGAGGAUAGAAGCGACAAUUCUGCUCAAUGGUCCAGCUCUCACAGCAAAUCCAGGCACCCUUUGCUACCCUCACAUCUGCACAAGAGCCGGGGCACGUCCUAUGCGACAACUGACCCACACACCACCACAACUCCAUCGGAGGGUGCAUCAAGCCUGUUCACGCCAUCCACGGGAGGCUCUACCGAGCCUUCAAAUCAGUCAGCUGGGAGUGCCAAACUUCAUAUCCUUGUCGCGGAAGAUGACCCCAUCAAUAGCACAAUUCUUCAGAAGCGCCUCGAAUCCCUUGGUCAUACUGUUCAACUAACUCAAACCGGUGGUGCAUGCGUGGAUGCGUUUUGCUCGGACCCACAAAUCUUUGACCUUGUCCUCAUGGAUAUCCAGAUGCCCAUCAUGGACGGAUUGACCGCCGCAAAAAGGAUCCGCGAAUUUGAAGACAAAGUCGUGACGACGCCUCCCGCGGAUGGCGCCACCAAACGCAAACGAAUUCCGAUUCUCGCCGCCUCGGCAUCCAUUGUCGAGCAAGAGAAAAACAACUACCUGCAGGCUGGAUUUGAUGGUUGGAUUCUGAAACCGAUCAACUUCGGUCGACUGAAUACGCUCCUAUCGCGCAUACGUGGCCCUCUCGUUAUGAGCGAGGACAAAUUGAGCAAUUGGGAGAGUGGUGAGUGGUUCAACAAAGCGUAA